AUGGCUACCGCUUCGCCGUCGCCUACACCCGGUGGAGGUGGCGAUUCGAGUUCCAAUAACUCGCCGUUGCUCUUCUUUGUCGCACUCGGUUUUGGAGUCGUCUUCACUAAUCUAUGGAUCAUCGUGGGCGUGAAAUACUGCUUCCGGUAUAACCAGCGGCACCGCCAGGCUCGAAAUGACGAGAACGGUGACCCUAUCGAUAUGGUCAAUGUCCCACGCACCCAUCGUAGAAGAAGGGAGAAAAAACUCAUGUCGAUGGAAGAUGUCAACAGUCGAUUUCCCAUCACAAAGUACAAGAGCUGGCGUGCUUCAAGGGCUGAAGCAGGCCUGCCUACUGCAGGUGGCAUCGACAACAACAUAGAGACACAUACAAGCCGGCAAGGAGGCCAACAGGAAUCUGGAACCAUCGAUACAUCUCACGCAGUAACGACCACGACAGAUCGCGCAGAAUGUUCAGGUGCAAUGAGCCCUGACAGCACCUUAGGCCGGAAAUCAACCGACAUCCAAGUACCCGCCCCGGCUCACAUUCCAGCGGAAAAAUCUACUACUGUACAAUCUCCUACCAAGCCUAACGCAAUCCAACGUUUAUCUAGCGAUAAUCAUAGUCUUAAACAUACCGACUCUCACCUCCAGGAACACGAUGAUGACGACCAUGACGACCACAUAUCCCAUGCUAUGACCACAGAUCUCAUCGCUAAUCCGGGCGACUCAUGUGCUAUCUGUCUUGAUAUGAUUGAAGAUGACGACGACGUGCGUGGCCUAACUUGUGGCCAUGCAUUCCAUGCCUCUUGUGUUGACCCUUGGCUUACCAGCCGCCGUGCUUGCUGCCCGCUUUGUAAGGCAGACUACUUCACUCCCAAGCCACGGCCUGAGGGUGAGACCCAAGAAGAGGACCGUCGGGAACGCGGGAGGAGGCACCACGGUUCUAACAGCGCUGGAGCGACCGAGGCUGAAACGCCUUAUCAAACUGCCCGGAUGCCGCCGUUUGCCUCUAGAAUGGUUCUGGCCGGAAGAUUCAUGCCGAUUCUACCGGGAGAGGACAACAACAGAUCUGCCAGAGAUCGAGGCCUUCGUAUCGCCGGGGAUAACGCAAAUGUCAACAAUUCUGGGGAUGGCACCCAACCACAUUCUCAAGGAUGGAGAACUCGUCUACCACGUUUGAAUAUCCCUGCAUUUGGGAGGAAUAGAUCCAACGGCUCUCAGCAGGGCGAUGCGAAUGCCUCUUCAGUGAUAGCUGAUCCUCCCACGCCGAGGCAACUGGAAUCUGGCACUCAGACAGCAAGAUAA